UGUGCGGGUCCUGGGCCCUCACUCACAAUUGGAGGAAGGGAUUCAGGAAGUGCUCACAGCUGCUUGGACAUCUCGGAGCUAAGUCCCAAGUAGGACCAAGGCUGCGGCACCCAGGGAGGAGCGUCAUGGCCCUGGGGAGGCCAUGAGGCCAGGAAGCUGCAGCGCCAGGAACAGCCAAGGCUGGUCCCAGGGAGCCCAGGGCGUCAUUAGAGGGUCCGAGCUGGCCAGGAUCUCUCCGAGCAGCGUCUUCUGUCCCCUCCUCCUCCUUACUCUCUCUGUGUCCGGAGAGUCUUGUACUCCCAUCUUCCAAGACGGCGUUUCUUCCAGAAGCUGCCAGUGAAAUUGACCACAGCUCUUGGAAGCCCAGCCAAGACUUGUGAAAGAGAUCAACUGAGGUCUGAGUGGUAGAGCCACAUGGGGGCGCCCGAUGGCCUAGGGCAGGCACGACCUGGGGCCUCAGGCCCACAUCUUCUUAGACCGGCACCUGAGAUUCUCAAGAACCUCAUGUUUCUGACGGGGAGCUGAAGCUCUGAGACGACCCAAGCUUGCUCUGCGGCUCAGGUGCUGCAUGGAGCCAUGGAAACGGCAGUGAUUGGGGUGGUGGCUGUGCUGUUCGUGGCCACUGUGGCCAUCACCUGCAUCCUCUGCUGCUUCAGUUGUGAUUCAAGGACCCAGGACCCUCAGGGGGGCCCUGGCCGCAGCUUCACAGUGGCCACGUUUCACCAGGAGGCCUCCCUCUUCACUGGGCCCAGUCGCCAUGCCCACUCGAUGCCGAGUGCCCGGGAAUUCUGGACCUUCAUGUGAGGCCUAAGUCCCUCCGGAUUUGUCUGCUGGUGGGUCAAUUUCACUCAUCUCCCAGCAAGCCCUCCCUGGUGUCUCACUCAUCUGGGACCUGCAUCCCUGUCUGUCCCUUCCGUGUUCUGCAGACUCCUCAUCUGCCAUCCCAGCUUGCUGCACACUCCCGCCUGGGGGAUCGGUGUUGAGACUAGGUGGGAGUUAGUGCUGAGCUCGGAGAACUCAGUUGUCCCUACCCACACGAUGGGGCCCAGGAAGGAUCUGAGGGGUGAGCGAACAGACAUAGAAUCCAGUUGGAUGGUGGGUCAGCUCUGCUCAUCUACGCCAGCCACUGAACGAUCUCGGAAAUGUACUGCCAGCCAGGUACUGUGAAAGUGGGCCUAUAGCCACCAGGAGAAGUGGCGCCCCCACGUGGACUUUUUUUUAAGAAACACUUUUUUUUUUAGAGAGAUUUUCGCUAUAGGACACGUGCCCUCG